GUCCCCCAUAGCCUUGGAGCUUUCUCCACUCAAGUCAAUUGGCCCUAAUCAUGCCUUAUCCACACCCGAUCCUGAAACGCAUCACUACGUCCUCUGACGAGAGUGACUCUCCAUACUCAUCUUCAGGAGCAAUAAGAAUCAACCAUUCCAAAGUUCACUUUCCCAAUCAUCCUGACGCUCUGAGUCGCACACACCUUGCUCACAGUCCAGACCAGUAUGAUCGCUCGCCCAUCUCCGUGCAACCUAAUUCCUGUGCUUUGCCUGAGCGUGGAUGCCCUGGUCGCACUUAUUCUGGCAGCAGCGGUGAAGCUGCUAUGGAUGUUGAGAAUAGCAGUCCCGUGCGCGGCUGGCCUCGACGAAAAGGUGAUCAUAUGCACCCUCGAGCAAGGAUAACGGGAUUCAAUACUAGUAGAAACGACGCGUCUGUACCGCCAUCCCUCAUUCAGGACCUAUCAGACACGUCCGAAGACUCCGAUAAUAAUGCAUCUGCGACGCGACCCCUUUACGCAAAAACCGCUUCUUCCAUAUCCACUGCAUCAGCUACUUCCGCAACAUCGUCCCAGUCAUCUCUGCGUCUAUCCCCAAAAGGUGAUCCUGCGCAGCUUGCCUUCCUUCCGCAUCCGCAUUCCUCUCCGUACACGGCUGAACGCCCUGCCACUCCCUAUCCGUACACAUCCGGGUCAUCAACGCGUAAUUCAAGGCAAACCCAAAGAUCACCCCCAUCUUCGACUCAGCAACGUCGGAGAAGUCGUAGUCGUGUUCGUGGAAGCCCCGUACGUGACAGGUUCGGCGACAGGGAUAGAGCCGCUCGUGGGAAUCAAGAUGAAGGCUGUCUCGGCGGAUUCUGA